AUGGAAGUAUACGAAGCCAAGUACGAUUACUGCGAUGAGUGUGGGGAUAGUCUUCUCAGUUUUAAGAAAGGAGACAAGUUUAUAGUCACUUACAAAGACGAGGGAGGCUGGUGGGCCGCGCAAAAUUUAUCAAACAACGAAAUCGGAUAUAUCCCUUCAUCGUUCGUUGAGGUGAAGAAUAUCUGUUUGUGUUUUCUUAGUGUAUCGGUGCAUCUUCUUGAAAUAUUGGGUUUUCGUAGUAAAAAUCUUAUAUUAUUUGAUAUUUAAAUUAACGAUAAGCCUUCGGAUGUUGUGGUCGGCGUGUGUUGCACAAAUAAUUGCAAAUUACUCGUGCAAGGUUCCUGCUCCCGGAGAAAUGUAUUGCAUGUAUCGUUGUUUUAUUUUGACUAUUUUGUUUCUUCUUUGCUAAAGAGCUACACUUUUUGUUUGAGUGAGUUGACUAUGUAUGAAUUUUAAACACAAAGAUUGCGGAUUUAGCUUCUAAUACGAAGCGAUCGCAAAAAAGCGUAGAAUUCCUCAAUAAUUAUGUUCCUGAAAAUGGGAGGAAAUCACUAGAUUGAAGUAUUAGCUUCCGCAUGUACUUAUAAAUCGUCUUCCUUAUUCCAUGAAGUUCGUUUGAGUUAUCCCAUUUUUUUUGAGGAUUCUCUUUGUAUCUGAAUCAUUUUAGCUAAAAAUAUUGAAUAUUCGCCUCUGUAUCGCGGCUAACAACCGACGCGUCGGUUAAUCUGAAACGUUUAUUAUAUUGCCAGACACAGCGCUGCAGAAAUAACAAUUUAUCUUACCACCACGUUGCACAAAAACGAAAUCGGUUUUUCAUUGGUAGAAACAACGUUGUUUAAUUCAUUGUUCAGGACUAUCAUGGGACUUAGAUAAGGUUUGCUAAGGUGAUGCACGUGUCUGAACAGUUUCGUGUCUAAGGUUUCGUGUGAUUGUCACCCUGUCAGGAAAAAGAGUACCUUUACCCUUAUAAAUGAUUGCAAUAAGUUGAAAAGCACACUCUGUUAUUUUUUACGCUGUUGUCAGUGUUGUGAGCUACGUAAGUGCAGGUAUGCCAUCUUUCUCCAUUUAAUUUCUGAUCGGGAUUUCAUCGUGUAAUGACUCGAUGUUUACAUAGUCUGGUAGGCUGCUUAGGCUUUGUAUUUUGUGCUGCAUACCAAAUUAGCAUGCCGUUGUAGACAGCAAAAUUCUGAAAAUUAGAGAGGAUCGUAACCCCCGAAGAGAGAUCUUUUUAGUUGCUAUGGCCAGGUUAUAAGAACUGUUUUUUUCUUUCUCUUUGGAGAUAAACUGCGAGAUACCUUUAGCUCAGAUAUUUGGGAACGAAGUCGAUACUGAUUCACUGAACGAACGUAACAAUAUUACUGAAUGUUUCUUUUAUUAUAUAUUGGAAGAGCGGGAAAGAUAAUGAAUAUUUUCCAAACGAAUUUUAAAUUUCCUAAAAAGAACACGCGAACACGGUAGAAAAUGACUUGAGUUGAAAACUGCAUUUCGUCUGCAGUUGGGCAGUUUAAUGCUCAUUGUGUUCAAAACUCCAGAUCCAGGAACUUCACAAACGUGCAAUAUCCCAAUUUCUACCUUUGAUAUAAUAUUUCAAGUGUGACAUUGGAAGCUUCCAUAUAUUAGUGAAUUUUAAUACUACUAUGAAAUAUCAGGCUUACAUACGUCUGCAUAUUUAUCAGGGAAAAUUAUUCUGCGCUGUAUAAUUGGGCGAAUGGACCAAUAUUUCGUGAGAUAAAAAUGGCUAAACCAGUGAGCUUUUCCGGUUGUGGUUUAAGAGCAGGCCGCGUCAUGGUUUCGUAGCUUUUUGUUUCCGAUUUCUUGGCUAUUUUCAAUCUUUUCUUUUCGGAAUUAGCAAGAUUUACACAACAAUCAAACGUAAUACUGUUUACCAAAUUAGGGGAUCGAACCCAGUUUCUUCACGCGCAAUCUCCUUCAAACUAUUUCCCGUUGUGUUGCUCAAUUUCUUGUUUUAGUAACUGAUCGGCGGUCGAGCUGAAAGUGUAACAACAACUACCCUUCUGUCCAAGGUCAGUAUGCAAGCAUCAGCUGAAAUGAUUGAUUUUUUUAUACGUUCGAAGUGGUUUUAUUAGUGAGAAGAAGGCGAAUGACGUGCUAAACGCCAUCAGCGAAAAUUUCAGUUGUUUACAGGUGUAUAAUGCAUGUAUGGCGCCUAUGCGAAGGGGAAAGGCCGCCAGCAAACUGCUCUAACUUUCGGCAUUCACUUUGUGAAGGCUGCAAAUUGUCCUUGUGCUUCUACCUCAUAUGCCUUAGGAGUAUAGCUUUUCAUAGAUAUUUUCAAUGGACAAAAAUAUUCCUCAGAGGAACCAAAAUAGAAAGAGCAAUAUGCUUGUCAACAUCACCGUCUCUCACGUCAUUUCGGUCGCAAGCGAACCGGUUGCUGCGAAAACUGUAAUACUGUGAUAUUUCUAUAGAUUGUUUUUACACUUACUUCACCAAGCCUUCUUGCAGAACAAUAUUGAAGCAAAUUUCCCUUCAAAAAGAUCGUGUUUGUGAUUAAUCUGCUUCUUGUUUGUUUUCUGAAAAUUUUGAAAUUGACAGUAGAGCUUCGCAUGAUUCACGCGCGAAUUUAGUUGAUUUCUACUCUCUUGAUUUUCUCUAAGUGUUUCUGGAAUAAUUGAUUGAGAACAUGUUAUUUGCUUCAAAAUCUUGCUGGAUUUUGUUCUGCUUUCUCGCUUAAAGUUUCCUGGGACAAUAAUAUCUCUAAUUGUCUCUUUGUUGUGUAAAUACGGCGUUUUGUUGCCCUUUAAAAUUUCCGUAGCAUCCUUUCGCCGUUUGAAAAGUGCAUGAUAUAUUAAGGCAAGAGCUGUGUUGUUCUUAAAGUCAGUGAAUUCUGUAUUUUCUCUCAUUCCACUCGCAGGCACAGUAAUUAGACAAUGGUUCGAAACGUCCUUUUGCAAAUAAGCUCAUGUGAUAAAAUCAAACAUCACCCAUGCCUUGUUUGUGUGCCUUUGCGUUAUAAAAAAAGGGAUUGUCAAUACCCUCUCUAAAAUGUUCGUUACAUCACACAGAGAUCACAACACGGGUCCUCUAAUACUUUUCAGCUGUUUGUUAUCCCAGCUGUACUCAACAGUAACCAAUCAGUUAGCCCACGAGGGUGUAUAAUGUGAUUUGAAAACCACCACGUUUCGCAUUUUUCAAAUUUUGUUUUCUUCAUGAUUUUUCUCUCAGCAUAAUUAGGAAGUGUCUAUAAGUUAGGAAGAAUGUCAAUAAUUUUUGAUAGAUAAACAAGUUAUGUCACGAUUCACGGUCUGGCAAUUUGUAUAUACAAAAAAAUGGAGGUGGAAUGCCUUUUGUGUUGUUUUGCUUUUUGUCAGAAUUGAAUUAUAAAGUACCUUGUAAGUGUUCAAGUAGUACAUGUACAUGCAUGAAGAUUUGAACUUGCAAAAGUUUUUCAGAAUUACAGUCAUUUAAAUCAUGGACAACCAAACAUGAAUUCCAUGCCACUGUCAUAAUGUGGCUAUGGGAUACAUGUUUUUUAAUAAAAGCAUUUUGUAGCAAUUAACUUCAGCAGCAUGAUGUAUGUGCAUCAUCAACCUUAGAUAUUUAGGGAACAGAGAGAAAUCCAUUAAAUUUGGAUAAAGGUGGUUUUUGGAAUUAAAAAAAAAUUGUGUAGCCCAAUAUGAAAGAAAAUGAUUUUUAGCCCAAGUUCAUCCUCCAAACCAGUUUACAGCUUGCCAUUCGGGCGAGCUGUAGCUAUUAUGUACUAGCCCAAAUUCAUUUCAGCUAGCCCCAAAACUUUUUUGAUGAGCAGAAAUUGGUUACACAUUUUUUCUGUAAUUUGAAUGCCCCUAAAAAAACUUCACUUGCCUGUCAGGCAAGUUACAUGUAGGAACAAAAUUCACUAGCCCAAUAGCCAAAUUCACAAGUCCUGGGCUAUUGGACUCUACUUCCUUUGGAUGCUGCAUAGAAAUCUUAGUUGAGCUUGAAGGGUAACACUAGUGAUAGCCUAUUGAUAUUGUGUGCAUAAAAAUUUUUUGAAAAUAACAACUCUGAUAAUGGUAGUAGCAGUUACUAAGGGAACGAGCCAAAGAAGGCUUUCAGACUAAAUAAUUGCAAGUUAAAACCUAAUGAUCUUUAAAAGUUCUGUCGCCUUACUUGAAAUGAAAUGCUUUGACUCAUUAUUAUACAUGCAUAUGCGAGGAGUGAUACAAUAUUAUAUAUUCCAGGUCAUAAAGAAUAUGACCAAUCAGAAUGCUAGAAAUCUGUUGUAUAUUGCUUGUGUGUAACAUGUCAUAUUUCAUGAAAAAGUCUUGGUUGUGCGUGCAGCCACAAUUUUGCACCACUGAAAAACAGAGAAGAUUGUGACUGGCGAAACUUUUCAGUCUACAAAAAUUGUCUGGUGUGACUUUGUGGACCACCUCUUAAACCUAAUUUUGGGUCGUCUAGAAGCUGAGGUUUAAAUGUAAAACAAAAACAGACUGCAAUGGACAAAGAAAUGAUGAAUUUUACUGGGAAGCAACAAAAAGAAACCGGAAAAGUAGUGUCACAAAGACUGAAUUAGAUCCAAAGAAAACUUAUUUUUAUUCGAACCAACAAUAAACUUAACUGAAAUGCCACCAGAAACAUCCAAUAGUUGUCUUUGCCAUUUUCUUCAGUCAGAGGUGCAUACAACUAAAUUUGUUGACAAGCUGUUAAUCAUCUGAAUAAGUGUACCUACCUUUGAUCUAAACAUUGCUUCAUUUUUUUUCUCAUUUUUCUUCUCCACUUAUUAGUCUCACUUGCGUAAGCAGUGAGGCUGGUAAUCUGCAAGCCGUUUUUGUUCUGCAUAUUUAGCACACAAAAGGGUGGUUGGGGUCCCUGGCCUUCCUAGCGGAGAUGGUGGAAACUGGGAAUAAGAAUUGUUGCAUGACCGAAGGCACGCAUGUUUUGCGAAGAAAGCUUAGGAAAGAUUAAUAAAUACUAUUUAGAGCUUUUGGGGAAUGGCUCGGUCCACGAAUUCUAUCCCUUGAAAGAGAUGUUAACUUUGGAACAAGUGAACACUUCAGUGGUCAAAAAAAGGGAAGAAUCUUAAUUAGCAGAGGGUAACUGGUCGGGUGUUGUAAACGUUUAUUGUAUGCAAAAAAUGGGUCUUGUGAGCACACUGUUCCACCGUCACUUGCUUGAAACAAUGUUUUAGGUUGUUUGGUUUCUAAUAUUAUUAUUAUUAGAAAACAGCUCAGCUGGCUUCAAACAGUAUUUUUCGGUGAAAUUUCCUACAGAUAGUUGGUUAAAGCCAGGUCCUUUUCUUUUUUAAUUUUUAUUUUCAAAUGAGAAGAUUUCAAUUGAAAAUAAUUUUGAUGAGCAAUCAGUGAUGAUCUCUGUGUUCAUUGUUGUUUUUUCAGUGUGUAGCAGUAGUUGAUCCAUUGACAUUAAACCAAAUGGACGUGACAGCAAAACAGCAGAAGAUAAAAAUGGAUGCUCUGUGUGAACUCACAGCAAAGAUAUCUCAAAAUCCUAAUCCAGGUAACAUUUGAAGCAUAGAUAAAAUGGCCUAGGAAGGCUUACAUGUACAGUGUAUAAAGGGGGUGGGGUGGGGAGGGUCUUAUAUCCAGGGAGCUUAUAACUGGAUUAAAAAAAAGUGUUUGAAAACAAGCUACAUUGUACGUAGUGCUGAUCAAAGUACUUUUUGAAUAUAAUUGCUUUUUUAAACUUCAAAAAGUCAUACAAAGCAAAUUUGUUUCAAUAAAAGCUCUAGGGGAACUUAUAUCUGGGGGAGCUUACAACAGGAUGUAUUUUUUGUUUGCAUGUAGAUAGGACUAUAACUGGAGGGGGGAGGGGGCUUGUAAUUAGGGGGAGGCUUACAAGGGGAGGUUUAUGGUGUAUUGGAAAAGCACGCCAAUUACCAAUGUGCAAAGAAAAUCUUGUCCGAUCUGAUAGCCCGGGGCUAGUGGAUUUUGCUAUCGGGCUAGCGAUUUUUGUUCUUAACUUACCUAACGGGCAAGUGCCGUUUUGGAGGAAAUUCAAAUUACAGAAGGAUUGUAAUCAAUGCUGCUAAUCAUAAAGGGUUUUGGGGCUAGUUGAAAUGACCUGUGGGCUAGUACAUGCUAACUACAGCUUGCCCAAAUGGCAGGCUGCAAAACUGACUUUCUUUACACCCUGAAUGACUUAUUGAAAAAUUAAUGUUAACUUUUCUGGCAUGUUAAUCAUUACUGACAGCCAUGUAAUAUGACAAUUUGUCUUGACAUUUCUUCAUAUUGGUGUUUGGCAUUCAUUUGGUGUUAAUAUUUUUAAAUGGCAUGUCUUAUCCACGUAAUAUGUAUUGCUGUAUUGGUUUCAUGCAGGACGAUACCAUCCACAAUACCCGAGAGAGGAUUAUCUUGAUGAGUCAACUCCACCAACAACUCCUGAGUUCAAAAGAAAAACAACACCUCUCUCCACCUCUAGAAUUUCAUUAUUUAGCGCUUACUACAAACCAGGUUGGCACCAUCUCCAAAAUGUCUUGCAUUAAGUCCCUUGAAUUCAAAACAUUUCAUAAGUUCUUGGUGGUCUUAAAAUUUUAAUCAAUCGUAUUAUUGUCAUGUGGUACUCCAUAGAGUUGAGGUAUAAGGCAUUGCUCAGUGUGGGUGUUGAAUAUCCUGUUUGUUUUUUUCUUUAAAAAUCAUUUUGCUAUUCCUGCAAAGUAGCAUUGUUCCAAUUUUUUCCCAAACUGUUUUUACCCUUGUUUUUGGUUUUAAGCCCUCUAGGAAUUUCAGUGUUUGAAAUCAUUCAAGUACCUUUCCACAUAAAGUGCAAUACCAACUCUAUUCCCCUCAAGGGCUUUUCCUUUUUUUAAUUGACUUCUGAUUUAAUGUCAGAUUCUCCCUUUGUUUUUCAAAAAUAUACCAGACAACUUGAGAGAGGAAACUAGCAGUAUAUAUCUAAGUCAUUGCUUCAUGGGGAUUUUUUCUGGCACACCCUGGCUUUAUUUCCAAGUAGUGGUGUGUUGACGAGAUGCCUAAUAUAAGAAAUGUUAUCCUUAAAUUGACAGAUUUUGUUUCGUCUUUGUCUUGUUUCAGAGGUAUUCAGCUGGGUAGACCAGAGCUUGUUAAAACUUGGGAGAAAUUUGAGCAAAAGAAGUCGGUGAAAGCGGAAAAAGAAAAGGUCCCUGAUAGCGAACUAGAGUCCAGAUUUCGCAGCAUUUCACAGAAACAAGAGGUAAGAAUUGUGGCAUCCUUGUGUCAUGGAAGCUUUUAUUUGUUAUUGUCGUUAUAGACACAACAAUAUUAAUAAAAGGCAAACUCAAGAUUCCUGUCUGCUGAUAGUUGACCAGGGUGAAGUCGCAAGUCAACUCACAAGGCUCAAGGGAGUCAUUUUUGACCUUGAAUGUAGUUAAAUUUUACAGUUGAUACCGCAAAUUGCCUUUGUUUCAGUAGAAUCAAGCUAACUGUCAUGCAAUUGAAUGAAUCUAAGGAAAAGACUGUCGAAGAAAGGAUAGGACCUUCCCCAGAUGUCAAUAUUUGGGGUGGUCUGUAAGAGACAGUUCGCUGUAUAGUCAAUAAAGUCAUUUGUUAUAACUUUCUCUUUAGGAUCUUGAGAAACAGAAGGAAGUAGAAGACAGCAAACCAGAAUUCUUGAAAGUCAGCCUGAAGAAAUCCACUAGAGUAGUUGAAGCUACAAGCUGA